AUGGCCGCCGAGGCAUCCCAACCUAUCGAGACUCGUUUGUUUAUUAACAACGAAUUCCGCGACUCCUCAGACAAAACAACCUUUGAGGUCAUUUAUCCGUACACCAAAGAGGUCGUUGCAAAUGCAAGCCUCUGUCGACGACGUAAACGAUGCCGUCACCGCCGCCAACGCAGCAUUCCCAGCAUGGCGCGAUCUCGGCAUCGACGGACGUGCCCGUACCUACGCAAGCUAUCCGAGCUCUUCCUCGAGGCCAACAAUGAUCUAGCUCGACUCGAGACACUGUCUACUGGCCGGCCCAUCUCACAAUUCAUGGACGCGCACAUGUCGUCCGAGCUAUUCCGGUAUUUCGCCGACGCGGCAUGGAAUUCGCAAGGCACGGCGAGCACUUACAACCCCGGAUUGCUGAGAGCCUUACGGCGUCGCGGGUCUGAUCAUCCGUGGAACUUUCCACUGGCGAAUUUUAGCUUCAAGGUUGCACCUGCACUGGCGGCGGGGAAUACGGUGGUGUUGAAGUCCAGCGAGAAAGCCCCGUUGACAUGUAUUUACGCCGCCAAACUCAUCCAAAAAGCCGGUUUCCCCCCAGGCGUCAUCAACAUCAUCGCCGGCUACGGCAACCCAACUGGCGCCGCCUUGGCCGAACACAUGGCCGUCCGCUGUAUCAGCUUCACCGGCUCCUCCCUAACAGGCCAAAAGAUCCAAGCCGCAGCCGCAAAGUCCAACAUGAAACACUGCCACAUGGAGCUCGGCGGUAAAUCACCCGCCGUGGUAUUCGAAGACGCGGACCUCGAGGCCGCGGCGAUACAAACACAAUUCAGCAUCCAGUUCAACAGCGGGCAGGUCUGCGUCGCAAAUAGCCGGUUAUAUGUACAAGAAAGCGUGUAUGACAAGUUCGUCGCGCUGUUCCGCGAGAAAUUCGCCGCCGUCACGCUGGGUGACCCGCUGGAUCCGACUACUACGCACGGUCCGCAGAUCGAUGCUGCGCAGUAUAAGCGCGUGCAGGAGUACCUGGCUAAUGGACAGAAGGACGGGUCACUGACGCAAGGUGGAGACGCGAAUAAUGGAUUCUUUGUCAAGCCGACUAUCUUCGAGAAGGUGCCGGAGGACUCGCGACUGAUGCGGGAGGAGGUGUUUGGCCCCGUGGUGACGAUUAAUACGUUCAAGACGGAGGAGGAAGCGGUGCAAAAGGCGAAUGAUUCUGAGUUUGGACUGUAUGCGUCGGUUUUCACCAAGGAUUUGGAUCGUGCAGUGCGUAUGUCCAAGGCGCUGCAGGCUGGUACUGUGGGUGUGAAUUGUACGAGCCCGACUAAUGCAAAGGAUGGGGCUUUUGGUGGGUAUAAGAUGAGUGGGAAUGGGAGGGAAGGUAUGUUGUACAGCAUUGACAAUUUCUUGCAGCUGAAGACUAUUUUGAUCAAGUCGGGGCAAGGUUCUGCAAGUCCUCUUCUAAAAUCAUGA